AUGGCUUCCACAAGAACGUGCCUGUCGCAGUUGACACGAACCACUCUAUCACGACCAAAUCUCUACGUCCCCUCAGUCUCCAUACAACAGCGUGGUGCUGCACAGAGUGCCAACGCCCAAAAAUACAAGCGCAAGGAAUUGCCCACAUCGCAGCGCAAGAAGAAGAGCAGGACCACCUUCAUCAACCAUGAUUUGAAAGACGCCAUCCAGUUCNNCCCCCUGGUUGAUGCCAUGCGGUACGAAUCAUCUCCUCCUUCCUCGACUCAGGCUGUGAGAGAGGCGCAAACUGACAGCAUCNNCAGAUACCUUCGUGCAACAGAAGUCGGUCGCGUGCCAACAUCAUCCAAGUACGAGCUGCACCUCCGCCUCAAAUCCCUCAAGAACGGUCCCGUAGUCCGCAACCGCAUCCGCCUCCCACAUCCUGUAAAGACAGACUUGCGCAUCGCUGUCAUCUGCGACCCCAACUCAUCCGCCGCCGCUGCUGCAAAGAAGGCUGGAGCAACUUUGGUCGGAGAGGAAGCCAUUUUCGACGCUGUGAAGGAGGGCCGUAUCGAGUUCGACCGCUGCUUGUGCCACCAGGACUCGCUCGCAAAGAUGAACAAGGCAGCUUUGGGAAGAAUUCUUGGUCCCAGAGGCUUGAUGCCCAGCGCAAAGACCGGAACAGUCGUUAAGGAUGUUGCAGCAAGUGUGCAGGACAUGGUUGGUGCAAGCGAGUACAGAGAACGUCUGGGUGUCAUCAGAAUGGCUAUUGGACAGUUGGGCAUGACACCUGAGGAGUUGUCGAGGAAUAUCAGAAGCUUCAUUGAGAACGUCAAGAAGGACAUGGCUGGUAUGAGCGACAGAAUCGCCAAGGAUAUUCAUGAGGUGACAUUACUCUUCAACCGGACCAUCAUGGGUCACGAGCGCCUGCUUCCAACCAAGAGACUCUAUCCUCCGUCUAUGAUGCGUCCUGAAGAAAUCUCAAAGAUCGUCACUUUCUCUUCUGAGCAAAAAGUCACUUACACUCAAGUCCUAAAGAAUCAGUGGGAGGAGCUUGAGCACUGUCUAUACGACAGCGAGACCAGCAAGAUCAUGGUAGCCAAGAUCGAGACGACGUCCCGAGACAUAAGGAGAUCAGCCAACCUCCCAGAACCACGAGUAGAAGCUAAUUCACAGCCAGUACAAAGUGUUCAUACCAUGAAAGAAAUGAUGAAAUCAAAAUCGGUCGCGGAGCUCAACAUCUUUUGGGAUGUGGAAUCCGAGUCCAGAACAAGCAAGAAGCCUUUGCGGAUUUCCACCAUCAAAAUCGUUCUGGAAGCUGGUAGAUACUCAUCGGUCGCUGAUUUGUGUACCGACUUCAAGAUCAUGACCACGGAUACGCAUUUGAUUACUGGCGAGAGUGGUUCCACAUCGACCGCGGCGCGAAGGCUCUUUCGCAGCUUCUGGGAACGGAUGCAGCAUUGUCCGACUGGACCAAAAGGCGAAUCAGCACACGACUAUGGCAAGAAAACUAUAAAGCGUAUGGAAUCCAAAAUCAUAAGUGCCAAAACGAAGGUCACAAAGCCAUCACCAGAAGAGAUUGAAGUCAUUGAUAUUGCUUCAGAUACAGAUGAGUUUGAGAAGACUGCUUUUGAAGCUGACACAGCCAGCUUCGCAAACGCAGCCAGCUUCGCAAACGCCUUCAGUGAAACCAAUCUGGUUAAAUCUGAUGCUUGGUCCAAAGGCGAUUUUUCUGACGACGCCUGUGAUUCUUCGCCCGUAACGCAUGAAGAACCAGCCCCUAUGGCGGGAGCUGAAAAGACGCCCGAGCCUGACGAUCUCGAUGAGGAAACAAGACAGCUGCAGAAGGAAAUCGAAGAACGCCAGCAGAAGCUCGCCAACAUGGCGGAAAAGAAAAAGCUCUUAGCAGAGAUCAAAGAUCUGGACACCGAGAAAGUAGAGCUCGAUGAGAAGAUACCCGAGGUGGAGAAGCAGCUUGAGCAAGUCAGCUCAAAGGUCCAAGAUUGCCGUAACAUGAUCAACACGACUUAUGCCGACGAAAAGAAAACUUUCGAUGCCAUUGAUUGGCACGAGGGAGAAAGAGUGAGGUUGUGCAACGAAAGCGAGAGACUCAAAUGGGAAAGUGAAAGGUUGCUUCAGGAGAGUGAAAAGUGCCGUCAGCGGAUUGAGAUACACCGUCAAGAAAUUGAGAGACUUGGUUCGGUAGAGAGCGGGUAUCGGCAAAGGCACAAUGCACUGCUUGCAGAGGAACAGCAGACAAAGGAGCAAGGCCGCCAGAUUUUUGAGAACGAAAUUCAACUCAAAGAGAGACGUGAUCAGCUCGAGAACCAGCGGGCCAUUGCAAAGAAGAAACUCGACGCAUUGAACAACGUCAACGCCUGA